CCCGCCGCGCCUCGCGCCGCUCCGGACCCCCGCGCCGCCCCAUGCGCCCCCCGGCGCCCUGACCGCGGCGGACACGAUGCGAGCCCAAAUCGAGGUGAUCCCGUGCAAGAUCUGUGGAGACAAAUCCUCAGGGAUCCACUACGGUGUCAUCACCUGCGAAGGCUGCAAGGGUUUCUUUCGGAGGAGCCAGCAGAACAAUGCCAGCUACUCCUGCUCCCGGCAAAGGAACUGCCUGAUCGACCGCACCAACCGCAACCGCUGCCAGCACUGCCGCCUGCAGAAAUGCCUGGCACUGGGCAUGUCCCGCGACGCGGUGAAGUUCGGCCGCAUGUCCAAGAAGCAGCGGGACAGCCUCUACGCCGAGGUGCAGAAGCACCAGCAGAGCCAGGAGCAGAGCGGCGGCACCAAGGAUGAGCCCGAGCCCCUGAGCCGUGUCUACACCACGAGCGUCAGCAGCGGCCUCUCGGACCUGGACGAGAUCUCCACGCUCUCUGACGGGCUCCUCUUCGACUUCCCCCUGACCCCCGAUGGCAGCAGCACCUACUACAACCUGGACCUGCUGGCCUCGGCACAGCCCUCGCCCGACCAGUCCAGCCUGGACGUGGCUGAUGCCACGCUCAUCAAGCAGGAGUCCAUCUACGAGCUGAUGCUGGAGCCGGCGCUGUUGGCACAUGGGGCACUGGAGGGUGCCCAGCUGCCCCCUGACAUCUCUGUCCUGGAGAUCGACCGGGUGGCCCAGAACGUGGUGAAGUCACACCUGGAGACGUGCCAGUACACAACGGAGGAGCUCAAGCGCCUGGCGUGGAGCCUCUACUCCCCCGAGGAGGUCCGUGCCCUGCAGAGCAAGAGCUGCGAGGCCAUGUGGCAGCAGUGCUCGCUGCAGAUCUCCAACGCCAUCCAGUACGUGGUGGAGUUCGCCAAGCGCAUCGACGGCUUCAUGGAGCUCUGCCAGAAUGACCAGAUCAUCCUCCUGAAAGCCGGUUGCCUCGAGGUGCUGCUGAUCCGCAUGAUCCGCGCGUUCAACCCCUUGAACAACACCGUCCUCUUCGAGGGCAAGUUCGGUGGGAUGCAGAUGUUCAAAUCUCUUGGCUGUGACGACCUCAUCGGUGCCGUCUUCGAGCUGGGGAGGACCCUGUGCCGCCUGCAGCUGUCAGACGAGGAGCUCGCCCUCUUCACUGCUGCUGUCCUGCUCUCCCCAGAUCGCCCGUGGCUGACCGAGUCCAAGAAGGUGCAAAAGCUCCAGGACAAGAUCUACGUGGCCCUGCAGCACGAGAUCCAGAAGAAACACUCCACUGAGGACAAGCUCUCGAAGAUGGUUUCCAAGCUGCCCUUGAUGAAGACCAUUUGCAACCUGCACUUGGACAAGCUGGAAUUUUUCCGUCUCCUGCACCCGGAGACUGCCAUGAACUUCCCCCCCCUCUAUAAGGAGGUUUUCAACUCGGAGCUUCAGUACAGCGACCCCCGGGAGAGCUAAGGCCGGCAGCCAGCGGCCCCCUUCGAGCUCCCCAAAACCUGGAGACAAACUGCACUUCAGAGCUUUGGGGCAAUUUAUUUAAAUCAAAUAAUCAAACGCAAGAGAAGCCCGGGGGGGCUGCGGUGCCUCCCUGGCCCCAUCUCCUCGCUGUGGAUUGCAAUAGCUCUUGAAUGUAAAGCACCUUGAAGGAAAAAGCAAACGGACUUUGCCAUACCAGUGAAAUGAAUGUGAAAUCUCUGCUUGGGAGAGGAGAUGCUCCUGGCAGUGGUGAGGGACCGGCUGCUCCCGGUGACACGGGAGGAGGGAGUGCCCUUCCCGCUGUCCCGGCUGCACUCUCCACCUCCGAUUUUUAUUUCUUUAUUUUUUAAUUAUUAUUUUUAUUUUAUUGUGGUUUUUUUAACCCGAACAUCAGGCAUGGGAUAAAGAAGGGGUGAUGCUGACUCAGCUGGGUUGGAUUGGGGCUGCAGCUGAGGAGAGGGCAAGGAUAGAGCCUUUGCUUUAUUUCAUCUCCCAUGGGUGCAGUGGGACCCUGGGAGCUUGGCCAAGAAAAGUCUGGCUGUGGCUGGUUGGGGAUUUAGCACAGCAUUUUCCAGUGAGGGAAGCUGGUGUGAGGGAAAAGAUGCCCACUGCAGCAGGGGAAGAGCUUUGCAGUGUCUCCAUGCCCUCCAUCACAGCAUUUUCCCAAAUUCCCAGCCAGCUCUUCGUCCAGCUGGGCGACCACCUGACUUUGUGGAGCUGGUUCAGCAGGUUCACCUGCCUUGUGCCACCUCUGUGCAUCCCAGAAGCUUUUCCAGGCCCGUGGGACUUCAUCCAGACCCCAAAUCCUGGCCAUCCCACCCCAGAGGCACCCAUGGCCACUGGGGGGGCUCCAGGGCUGUCCCUGUCCCCGUGGUGGCCGCAGCAGCGGUGGCUCUCUGGGUGCUGCUGUUGUGUGUAGUUCUCUUAUCAAUUCCUUAAAACUGCCCCAUGUUUCAGCACCCAGAGCAGGGUUUGUGACCUUUCCCCACCCAGCCCACAGCUGGUCCCAUUCCCAGGUUCCCCUUUCCCACACCACACACAGGAGCCCAGACGUGGCUGCCUGCUGCUGCAGGCUGAGCUGGACCCAGGCUUUCCCCUCAAUGAGCUCCCUAGAACUGUUAUUUUGGGAGUUGCUCCUGAGUUAGCAGGAUUUAGGAGCUUUUUAGGGGGAGAAACUGCCUGCUGGAGUCAGGGGGAAGUGAAAGGUCCUUACUCUUCCCUUUGAGGAAUAAGGCUGGGUGGAAGGAAUGUGGUGUUUGGGACCUGCUGCUCCUUUUGGGAGGCUCAAAAGGGGAUGAAGGAAGGAUUGGUGGGAUGAUGCUGUUCUUGGCCACAGCAGCAGGGGAUUCUUGAGAGACUCUGUGGCUCUGCAGAUGGAUUUUUCUGUCCCUGUUCCUGCUCCCGCUGCAGCAAAUGCCAAAAAACUACAAGGGAAAAAUCUGCUCCGAGGCAGCCCCAGUUUUGCUGACAAAGGGCUAAAAUCCCAAGCUCCUUACCUGCUUUGUGCUGAUUCCUCGUGCACCCAACCCCAUCCUCGGGCAACUCGGAUCAUCCCCGAGCGGGAGCCAAAACCUUUGGAUCCAUAACUGCACCCUUUAAACUAAACAAGCAGCUUUCUCAGUGACGUGAGGGAUAUCCCUGCUUUUAUUAAAAGACCUCCUAGGGAAGACCAUGGACCAACCUCGACGAGGGAAGACUCCCCAGGAAGCUGAUGGGAUUUCUGCUUUGCUCGAAGGCACAGGGAAAUGGGGACCGUGUUCCGCCCCGGCAGCUGCCACCGCCGCGCGCAGCCCGAGCUCCCUGCGUUUGCCAACCACAUCCCAACAGCAAACUCCCAUGGGUUUGCUGACCACAUCCCAACUGCUUCUGGGAGUAGAUUGGAGCCCACCAGCCUCAGCUCCCUCUCCGUUGGAGCCAGGUCUCUGGGAAAAGGCUGCCGGCGCUCCCACGGCCCCACGCGACGUCCAGUGCCAAUGCGUCGCUGUCCAGCGCAGCGUCCCCGGCGUGGGGAUGUGCCCGGCUCCUCUCCUGUCCUCUCCAAAGCUUGGACAGAAGAGAGAAGCCAGUGCUGCCUUUUACGUCCAGAGGGUUGUGCCUUUUUUUUUUUUUGGGAAGCAUCAUUUCCGACAGCACCGUUCACUUCCCGGGAAAAGCACCCCCAGAACAUGACUGUGCUCGGAGGGAACAGCCCGUGGGUGUUUGGGAACGUUUGGGGAAAAACAGGAAAAAAAAAAAAAAAAAAAAAAAAAAAAAGCACACACCCUUCUUUUUUGCCCUCAGUAUUCGUCAGCCAACCCAACACACACCAAUGGUCAACGCCACCGAGUUCAUUUCAUCUGGCAAAGAACCCAGGAAAGCACCUUAAUUUGGGAACAGGCCAUCACAGCGUCCAUCCCGUGGGGAGAGAUUCUGGAUUAUUCUGAGCAAUAAGAGCCCCCUCCACGGGAACCUAGGGAAGACUGGAAGUAUUAAGCACGUGUAACUCGACCUGCCAAACCGCGGGAACCUGCACUUUUCAGUUCUUUUCAGAGGAACCAACUUGAUUUGAUGAUUUUUUUGGGAGGGGAUAAAGUGAUUUGGUGUCAAUUCGGUGAUUCCUAGCCUGGGACGGAUGCCAUGCAUGGAAAGGGAUGGCAAGGGGUGGAAAGGGAUGGCAAGGGAUGGCAGCCCCUGCUUGGGGCUUGCCAGGGCUGUGCCAAGGCUCCUCACCCCUCCUGGGCCCAGAGCUUGGAGCUCGCAGGGAAAGGGCGAACGACAAAGCCUGGGCAGAAAUGCCCGAAAAAGGGAGAUUUCCCUCUCCCCUUGGCCAGUGCAGAGGGGGCCCGGGAGCCCCGAGCCCCCCGUGGCUCCGGUGCUCCGGAGACGUUCCCAUCCCAACACGGGAUGUUCCUUUCCAACAGCCCUGGGCCGCCAGCGAUGGCUCUUUUCCAGACCAAGAUUAAUUUAGUGUUUGUUUGUCUGCUCUGGCAGUUUAGCUGAGUGUCCAUUUCCACCCACAGAACCCUCACACUGUGUAUAAAGAUGGAUCAAAAAUAUAUAUAAUAUAUAUUCUUGUGAAUGUUGGUGCAAAAGAGAAAAAUAUAUAAAGUUUUGGUCGGUUUUAUGUUAUUUUUUAUCUCUAUGAAUGAAAGGAAGAAAUGGAAGACCUUUUAUUUCCAUUUACCACCCCUCCACACACACCUACCUGUAGAUACCAGCAGGUUUUAUGGAAAUGUUUUACUUUUUAGAUUUAGGAAAAUGCUUCUGUUCUCAUUGAAUGUUCUGUCUUGUAAGAUUGUAAUUUCUAUUUUUUUAAAGAAAAGAAAAUAACUAAAUAAAAUUUCCUCUUUCAGACCAGUCAGCUUAGGAAGGGAGGGCAGGGGAGGGAGAAACGUUUAUUUAAGGACAAAAACUGUUGUCGGAAUUUUUCAUAACAUUAAAUAAAAAGUAAUAUAAUGUAUGGAUGACAA